GCUCUGGUGGAACGCUUACUGGAGCAUGCGUCCCGGAGAGAAGGCGAGAUGUACGUGGGAGAUGCUCAAGGAGUUAAUCCGCGAGAAGUACUACCCCACAUACUACCGAGCAGAGAUGGAGCGCCAGUUUCUGUCGCUCCAGCAGGGUACUCGCUCCAGAUGGAGGCCCAGCGAGCACAGCGUUUCAUUGACGGGCUUUACCCAGCAGUCCGUCAUAACAUCGUAGGCCACGGGACACAGACGUACGCGCGUGCAGUUUCCAUUGCCCCGGAGGUGGACGCCAGCAUCAGGAGGGAGGCCGUCCGUGAUCAGUUCCAGCCAUUCGCCCCUGCUCAGUCAUCUUCAGUUCCACCGAUGCCAGCUCUACCAUCUGCUCAGCCACCGAAGAAUAACAAGAGGAAGGGGAAAGGUGCCCCGACAGAUAAGAGGACCCGACGGAGGCUACAGAAGAUCCCACAGUGCCCGACAUGCGGACGACUUCACCGAGGCGAGUGUCGCUUUAGUCAGGAUGUAUGCUACUACUGUCACGAGCCCGGACAUUUCACGAACCGUUGUCCGAAGAAGGCGCAGCAGCCUCAGCAGCCACCGCAGCAGCAGCAGCCCC